AUGGCUACACAGCUGGCCUUUCAAGCUCUUCAUUACAGCUGUACUUUGGUCGUCAGUCUUUACAUUGUACUUUGUGUUUUGUUCAAUCGUCUUCCGGCAAAGAAAAGGCAAAACGCUCGUUCUAAGCGCCGAACUCGAUAUCGAACAAUCUUGACUAUACUGAUCAUUUUCACAUAUGUCAGUCAAACGAUUUUGGGCCUCGCCACAAAUGACUUGGAUCGUUCCCAGCCUUUUCUUGUGCAUAUGACCUCUCAGGCUGUUACCUGGUCUGUGUUAUGGCUCCGGCAACAACCCCCUUCUCAGUAUGAAGUGGCUGGAGCUGCUUUGGUCACCGCUGGUUUCGAAGUUCCACUCCUUGCGCUCUCCUUGGUUUCUAGACCGACACAAUGGGCACCAAUCACACAAAUCACCAUCUUGGUGGUUCGGCUGCCCUUGUUUGUCUUUUUGAUCGCUGCCUUUCUCUUCGAAACUAGACAGAGGAAGAAAAGGAUAGCGGAGGAGUCACGCCCUUUCCUUAAUGGUAAUCACACAAGAUAUGGCGCGGUAAAUGCCAACGAUUCGGAUAAUAGCACGGUGCAGUCUGAAAGUGAGAGCGAAUCGGACACCGGCAAAAGCAAGAACGAUGCAGCGGCGCGCAAAAAAAGGCUCCGCAAUGGGAAGCUGCAGACGCUGGGCGGUUGGUGGGACUAUCUGAAGGGCUUCUCGAUUUUCCUACCCUAUUUGGUUCCCAGAAAUAAUCGCAAAGUACAGCUUUGUAUUGCAGCAAACGUCUUCUGUUUAGUAUGCCAUCGAGUUCUGAAUAUUCUCAUUCCUCAGCAACUGGCGGAUGUCACUGACAGCAUCUUUGCGAACAAAGCCCCGUAUGGCUCACUCGGAAAAUGGGCCCUGCUGCAACUCAUCCGUGGUGGAGCUGGCCUAGGAUUGAUUGAGUCUCUCGUCAAAAUUCCGAUCAGGCAAUUCUCAUACCGUCAAAUCACCAAUGCUGCUUUCAGUCAUGUCAUGAACUUAUCAAUGGACUUUCAUAUCGAGAAUGACUCGGCGGAGGUUAUGAAGUCGAUCGACCAGGGUGGAGCUCUGAACAAUCUCUUAGAAGUUGCCAUUUUAGAUAUUACCCCGACAAUAGUCGACCUGGCUAUUGCAUGUGUUGUCUUUUAUUUGAAGUUCAAUGCCUACGCCUCCCUUUUGGUGGUGGUGGCAGCUAUUCUUUAUGUCUCGGUAGAGGUGUUCACCUCGAACUGGAACAUGGAUUCCAGACGUGACGUUACGCAAACGCAGCGGAAUGAAGCUCGUAUCAUGCACCAGGCUGUGCAGAGCUGGCAGACAGUCACAUACUUCAACCAGUUCUCCUACGAGAGAUCUCGUUUUGGAGAAGCAGUUGAUCUAUGUUUGAGAGCAAGUGCCCGGUUUGGCCGGCGCCGAGCAAUCGGCAAGUCUCUCAUGGACUUACUGAAGCCACUUUGCUUCGUCGGACUCUCCUCGUUGAUUGUACAUGAGAUUUCCGUGGGACGGUCCUCUACAGGCGAUUUUGUUUUCUUCAUUCAAUAUUGGACUUCUCUCAUUUCUCCCCUGGCUUAUCUCUCUGCGCAAUAUCGCUGGCUUGUCUCUGAUUUGGUUGAUGCCGAGCGCCUACUUUUCCUAUUUCAAUCUAAGCCUAGCGUCACUGAAAAGGAGAAUGCCUUGCCACUGAAAUCAGGCAAUGGUCGUGUUACGUUCAAUCAUGUGAAUUUUGCUUAUGACUCUCGCCUAAGAACCCUCAGUGAUGUGGAUAUAUCUAUUGAUCCCGGUACAACGGUUGCACUGGUUGGAAUGACCGGUUCAGGAAAGACCACAAUCCUUAGACUUCUUCUUCGGCUGUACGACGUGACGUCGGGUCGAAUUGAGAUUGACGGUCAGGACAUUCGUGACAUAACGCUCAGUUCGCUACGUCAGAAUAUCGGGGUUGUCCCACAAGACCCGGUCCUAUUCAAUGCAUCUAUCAUUGAAAACCUACGCUAUGCGCGGCCCUCAGCUUCGGAUGAAGAGGUCCACGAUGCAUGCCGCGCGGCGGCUAUCCACGAAAAGAUUCUCACUUUCGUGGAAGGAUAUAAUACCACCGUUGGAGAACAGGGCGUCAAAUUGUCUGGCGGUGAACUCCAACGGAUAGCUAUUGCACGGGUCUUCCUCAAGAGAUCACCGAUCCUUCUGCUGGAUGAAGCAACGAGCGCUGUAGACUCGAAUACGGAAUCAGAUAUACAAAUUGCGUUAGAUCGGUUGAGAGCUAAGCGAACUACAUUUGUCAUUGCGCACCGGCUUUCUACUAUCUCCGGUGCAGAUCGCAUCCUUGUUGUUCAUGAAGGGCAGAUUGUGGAAAGUGGGUCACACCAAGAAUUGUUGAAGAAAGAGGGUGGAAGGUAUCAAAAUCUCUGGCAAAAUCAGCUCGGGGGCAGUAAUAGUGGAACACCUGCAAUGUAG